AUGCAUUUUUCAUAUUUCAUUGUUAUUUUAUUAUCAUACAUAGCUUACAGAAUUUAUCACUCAAACAUGUCAAUUGACUUUCAAACAAUAGUUCAAGACCAAAGUUAUCCAUUGUGGAAUCAGUCUCCCGAAGAAGUCUUGGAGAUUGCAAAUGCAAUCGCUGCAAGUGAAACCAAGUUGUUCAACGAAAUUGCUGCUAUUACUGACCCGUCAAUUGCCAAUGUGUUGAAGCCAUUUGCAACUCAUUACGAUGAGAACAGUUUCCCGGAGGGCCAAAGCACUUUUUAUCAACAUGUAUCCACCAAUAAAGAGUUGCGUGAUGCGUCGACAAAAGGGGAAGAAAUUAUGGACAACAACUCAAUUGAACAAUGGUCUCGUGCUGAUGUUUACCAGGUAUUUCAAAAAUUGUAUGAUUCAGUUAAGAAUGACUCCAGCUUAGAUCCAGAGUCCAAGAGAUAUUUGGAAAAGACUCUUGUUUCGUUUAAAAGAAAUGGUUUAGCUUUACCUGAAGAAACCAGAGAAAAGGUUAAAAAAUUACAGGUUGAGUUAAACAAUUUGCGGGUAAAGUUUUCCAAGAAUUUGAACGAAGAUAAGGGAUUUGUUUUGUUUAGUAAAGAGGAAUUGGAAGGAAUUCCGGAAGACACGCUUAACCAAUAUGAAAAAGUUGACGGCAAAUUCAAGGUUACAUUCAAGUAUCCUGAUAUUUUCCCUAUUUUUAAACAUGCUAGCAACUCCAACACAAGAAAAACAGCAAAUAUUGCUUACGGAAACAGAUGUGCUGAAAAUGGUCCCAUUUUGGAUCAAAUCAUCAAAAUCAGAUUCCAGAUUGCGAAACUCUUGGGUUAUGACACAUUUUCUGAUUAUGUCUUAGAAGAGAGAUUAGCAAAGAAGAAAGAUACAGUUUUGAACUUUUUAGCGGAUUUAAGAACUAAGUUAACACCAAUUGCUGAAGAAGAAUUAAAAGUAUUAAAGGAAUUUAAGAAGAAAGAUCUACAAACUAGAAGAUUAGAACCAGAAGAAACUUUUUAUAGUUGGGAUUAUAACUACUACAACGAAAGAUUAUUAGAACAAAAGUAUAAGGUUGACCAUGUCAAGAUCGCUGAAUAUUUCCCAUUGGAACCCACAGUUGCCAAAAUGCUAGGAUUCUAUGAAAAAAUAUUUGACAUUAAAUUUGUCAAGAUCGAAAAGAAAGAACCAGCUUCAGUAUGGCAUGAAGACGUUCAACAGUAUGCAAUUUAUCAAAACGUAAAAACAAAGAGUAAAGAAUUGGAGUUUAUGGGAUGGAUUUAUUUUGAUUUGCAUCCGAGAGAAGGUAAAUAUGGGCAUGCUGCCAAUUUUGGUUUGGGUCCUGGAUACUUGGAAAAAGAUGGAAAAACUAGACAUACACCAAUAACAGUAUUAGUUUGCAAUUUCACUAAACCAAGCAAAGACAAGCCAUCAUUAUUGAAGCACGACGAAGUCACAACAUUCUUCCAUGAAUUGGGCCACGGAAUCCACAAUAUUUUGUCGAAAACUAAAUAUUCUAGAUUCCACGGAACAAAUGUUGAACGAGAUUUUGUUGAGACACCUUCACAAAUGUUGGAAUAUUGGACUUGGUCUAAGAAUGAACUCAAAGAAUUAUCUUCACAUUAUGAAACAGGAGAACCCAUUAGUGACGAAUUAAUUGACCAGUUAAUUAGCACAAAACAUGUCAAUUCUGGGUUGUUUAACUUGCGUCAACUUUUUUUUGGUAUUUUUGACAUGCAACUACACACCAUUGCAAAUCAAAAAGACUUGGACACUUUAGAUAUAUUCAAAGUUUGGAAUGAUUUAAGAGAAGAGGUGACUUUGCUUCCAAGUGGCGGCAACACCACAAAAGGCUACGCUUCGUUUGGACACAUUGCUGGUGGGUACGAGAGUGGAUACUAUGGUUAUUUGUACUCUCUAGUAUAUGCCACAGAUAUUUACUAUACACUUUUCAAAGACGAUCCAAUGAAUGUUGAAAAUGGAAUUAGAUAUAGAGAUAUUAUUUUGAAGCCUGGUGGGUCAAAAGAGAUUAUGGAUAACUUAGUUGAGUUAUUAGGAAGAGAACCAAACUCUGAAGCUUUCUUCCAUGAAAUUUUCGGAUAA